CGCUCUGGGGGAGCCAUGUCCUAUUUCAUGUCCUCACAAACCCAUCGAGGUCUUCUGUCUUCCGGCCAAGGUGAGACUGCUUCUAGAGGCUCAUCUCUUGGCCCCUAUAGUCCUGUAGAGCCAGUGGUGGUGGCCUCUGGUGGACGAGGCCAACUGAACCAGAAAACUGAGCAGGUGGUACCUGGUAUCCAGGCCUGGGGCCCAACUCUGGCAGUGCCGGAAGCCAGGGGCUGCCCCGGGGGGCCUAGCUGGGAGACACUACGGCAGAAGGAGUACGGCCGAUACUGCCACAAGUUCCCCCCUGUGAAGCAGCCGGAGAGCUUGGGCUGGGAGGAUGGCUGCUCCAGAAGCAGAGCUCCCCACCUGGGUGGCUCCAGCAGGCCUGGGCCCCUCCUACUGUGUGGGCUAUCACCUGGAGUUGUGCCAAAGCCCUCUGCGGCAGGGGGAAAGGAGGCCGGCUCCCCGCCCGACAUCUGCAUCCUUACCCUGGCCAUGAUGAUUGCCGGCAUCCCCACCGUGCCAGUCCCAGGCCUGCGGGAAGAGGACCUAAUCCGGGCGGCUCAAGCUUUCAUGAUGGCCCAUCCAGAGCCAGAGGGGGCUGUGGAGGGGGUGCCGUGGGGGCAGGUGCAUGCCCACACAGCCUCUGGGCACAUGCCCCUAGUGAGAUCCAGGAGGGGCCAGCCUCCUGGCUCCUGCUUGUAGCUGAUGAAAUAGCAUCAGACACAUAGGGUGGCUUCUCCGUAUGGUUUUUGGGCAGAUAGGGUUGGGGGUGCCUAUGGCAGGGAUGGGGAUAGGGUGGGUGAUUGAGCCACUCAGAUGAAUACCAGUUCUUCAUCAGGGCCCAGACCCCAGGAAGUUUCUCUAGAUGCGACGAAGCCAGGAGACAGGUCUUGCCAGAGUAAUUAUAAUGAAAAUGACCUGAGGCAGGGACCCUGCUUGGAGAGUGGAGGCUUCUUCUGUAUUGUUUUGGGUCUUGACCAAAACUUCUUGUACAAAAUCACAGGCAAUGUGAAUUUCCUCUUGCCUCACAUUUCCCAGCCUGCUGAAGGCAGGUGAUGAGACCACAGGCAAGGAAGGAAAAUUAAUACUAACGUGAGCACCCACUGGGCGUCAGGCCCAUUAUAUGCCCUCUCCUCUAAUCUUACCAGGGCUGCGAGGACCUUCAUUGUUAUAGAUGAACAAAUUGGGGCUUAGAGAGGUGGCCUGCCUGAAGUCCCAUAGCCGGUAACAGGCAGGUCUCAAGACUCAGGCAAGUAAGGUUUGCAGGCAGCACUGGACUCCAACAUCUCUAUUCUUUCCACGACAUUUCCUAAAGAGCCUUCC